GUGGUUAAUGGAUGGCGGGGGAGCUGUGUCAUAACAAUUGAAAACAUGAAUAAAUGAAGUGGGUUUUCCCCGGUACGGAGCACUAAACAGCCAUUUAAACGAAUGCGUAUCAAUCGACAACGCCUGGUGAGACGGAAAAGGGCUUCUCGCAACCGAACAGAUUAGAAUCUGAUACCAAAGAGCAACAUCAACAACUUGAGCCAUGUCUGCGUAUUACUAUGAAGGUCCAUGGGAUUACUAUGAUGACUGUGAUGACUAUGAUGACUAUGAUGACUAUGAUGACUAUGAUGACUACUAUUAUGAAGAUAUCAUAAGAGAAGUUAUGUAUGAGCAAGGGGAUUCCCCGGCAGAAAUACCUCACCGUUCAAAAAUACAAAGCGUGAGGGGGUAUGGGAAGAGCCAAUGUGAAUACUGCGAUAGAACAUGGAGCACGUACCAAGCAUACGCGGUCAUUGACCUCAAAAAACAACAAGUGGUGAGGAUCUACCAACAGAAAUGUAGAGAUUGCGGUACAGAAACUGAGCCAUAUUUUCCAAAGGACGAGUUUUAUGUGAUGAUUGAAAAGGCGACUGAGAAGGAGAAACUCCGCCGAAAUCCCAGUUCACAGAUCAGGAGAGUUGAUGAGGGCGGACGUCGUGGGCUUCCUCAACGUCCACCACACCGGAGUGAUCUCUGCGAAAUGUGCGGAUAUGGAAGGGGCAAAAAAUGCUGGGAGCGAUAAAUGCUUCGUUCUUGAAAAUGGCAACCUACGACAGUGGCCCGUAAUAGAGAUUAAUCGUUGAUUUAUAAAGAACAACUCUAAUUGUUUCUUUAGACAGUCUACUGGGCAAAAUUAAUUGUAUGUUUGAAAUACAUGAAAAUUGGAAAAUUGUUAAGUGAAAGCUUGAUACACUUUGUAAUUCACGAUCUGAGAGUUACAGUAGUCAAAUCAUUAAUAUAUAUUAGAAAAAGCAAGGGAACCAAGAUCGAUCCUCGUGGAACUCCGCAUUUUACUGACUGAAAGUCAGAAGAAAUAUUAUUGUGGCUUACAUCUCUCAAACCAUAAUAGUAUGAUUCCUCGAAUUCCAAAAUUUUCAAGUGUUUAAACGGAAAUUUGGUAGAUGAGAGUCUUUAUUUUUUAUUGCGUUUUGUAAAUUUGUAUUAAAGCCUGAUCCGUUGAAUGUCCUUUCCAGAAUCAUUUUAAAAAGGAGUUUCUGAAUUAAUGGAAUAAUGGGAAUAAAUUUACAAUAUGUAAAAACAUUAUAAGGAAGGAGUGAUAACAGAAUUAAUUUAUAAAUGCAACAUUGUAAGCAUAAGAUAAAGUAAUUUAUAAAAACACACACACACAGAGGCCAAUUACAUAUGCAAAGAAAUCCUAACGUCUCUCUUUAUUUUUAUUUUUUUAGAAAUCUAUGAUCAUUGCAAUAAAAUUUCUUUUUCAAAAUACUGCUAUGAUUGUAAAUGUAAGUAAUAACAUGGAUUAUUUUCCAAAUGUAGAUUUGUAUUGUUCAUGUUACAUGUGUAUAUACACUUAUUAUGUUCUCACAAGGCAUGUAAACAAGGGCCUUUUCAUACGUGAAUCUUAAAUCGUCAUUGUAAUGAUGAUUGCUAUUGUUAUCGUGAAUGUGAUUAGUGUUCGUUUAUUUUUUUAUUUAUUUUUAUUUUAUUGAUAUAUUCAUAUUCCACAAAUCAUUUCGUAAUAAAUCAUUUUUACAAUGAAGAGAUGCAUCAACUGCAUAACACAUACAGGAUUGAAACGUACCAAUGAAAUGAAAAAAAGUGCAGGGCCUACUGAAAAGCAAAGCUUGUAAAAUGUAGACCCCUUAUACAAGGGUAAUAUGAUGUAAGUUCAGUAGAGUAAAAAUAAUCAGCAAAAUUCUAUAAAUUUAUAUAGAUAUAUUGUAACACAAAUGUGUAUACACUAUAAUUAUACAAAAUUAAAUAUUUACUUUAAAAUAAUCAACACUACCAUGGAUAAAUAUGAAGUUCACAAAAUAUUUGAUUAAAUCAAUAGGAAUUCAGAUGAAAUCUUUUGAUGAGUAAUUUAAAUCGGUUAAGAUUAGCUGCCUCUUUUAAUACUCUGUCCAGAGAAUUCAAGAGUUUUGGUCCUGUUUUACUAGAAAAUACUGCUCUACUCUAAGGUAAGUGACAGUCAUUUAAUGCAAAGUAUUGUUUCUCAUAAAUUUCUUUUGGAGGAUAUUAGGUAAACUAUUUCUAUCUAGCUGAUACAUGAAUUGGAAUAGUUGUAAGCGGCAACAGGUCACUGACUUUAAGGAUACGUUGCUGACGAAACAAUUCAUCCGUAUGAGCUCUAAAGGACAUUAUUGCAUAUUAUUCUCAGUACUUUUUCUCUGAAGUAGCAAGACUUCAUUGAGUCUCGAUUGAGAGGCAUUACCCCAUGCCAGAAUUCCAUAAUUAACUAAGAUAUGGUAGAAUUAUUGCACAAUACAACAUGGAUAGCGCCUGUGUUGGUUUGGUUUCACUUGUGCUAAAUAUUCGUCAUUAGCCGUAUUUUUUUUCACUCGGAAUCACCAUUCAAAUUAAGAUUUUUUUACCGUGUGAAAGGGCGGCAAUACGGAGGAAAGUACUAUUUCAAUUAUUUCCUGAACAUUUGUUGGUUUGAAGAAUAAGGAGCAAUAAUGGGGAGAAAUUUUGCAAAAUUUUUAUUUAGUCUGUAAAGUUUGUUUGCUUUAGAGGGUCCUCGAUUACAACAACAACGAAAAAGGGAAUUAAACGUAUCAGGUACAUCUUCUGAAUUUAUCGCAGAGGGGUCCACACUCAACAAACCCUGUUUUUUUUUCAGUAUAGAUCCCUCCAUUUCCUCAACCUUUUGAAAAAAAAAAUGUUAAAGUAGCCGUACACAUUGUUUUAUCGAGAAGGUUGUACAUUAUAGUUUCUUCUUCGUUGUAUGUAGCAUUAUUGAUUAAUAUGAUUAUCACAUUGUUUAGUGUUUAAAGUACCAUUACCACUUCCUUAUUUUUCUUCUAUAGUCAUAUAUAUAUAUUUUUUUUAUUUGUUUUGAUUAGUAUGGUUAUGCUUUAUCUGUGUUAUCGUUUCCUAUUUUGUACAAUUUAGUUAUUUUGGAAAAUGAAAGAAAGUAAACUUGAAACUUGAACUUGAUUAAUAUAAACAAACUAUAUCCAUGUAUAGGCCUAUAAUAUCAUCGACGUUUAUGCAGAGUUUAUUUGAUUAAUGAAUACAUUGUUGAUUGAUAUGAACAAACUAUAUCCAUGUAGAAUUAUGAUUAUCAACGUUUAUUUAGAUUUUAUUUGAUGAACGAAUAUAUUGGUGAUUAAAUGGGCAAUAAUAAAAUGUCACGCAUGAUACAAUCAGUCUUAUGUAACUUUUAUAUUUAAGGGAUGUAUGCUGAUAUUUUCUAACCAGUGAUGGUGUGAACUGUUACCUAAAGUAAUAGUCUUAACCAUUACGUGAAGUAGGUUUCAUCCUUCUUUCUUGCUCCAAAUUUGAUCCAUGAGCUCAGUCAGGUAAAUCGCAUGACAGUUUUCCCCCAAUCUGGGGCCCGUUGCAGAAAGAGUUGCAAUCAAUCGCAACUCUAAAAAUCAUGCGCAACUUGAUUUUCAACCAAUCAACAGCGCGCAUUUGGAACUUGCGAUUGAUUUUUUGACUUGCGUUUAAACGCAACUGUUUCUGCAACGGACCCCUAGUGGAGGGAGGGGUAGGGGCUAUAUAUUUUUAGGGUUGUCUGUUGGUAUUUCCCAACCAGCAUGGUCUCAUCUAUUGCAUGUAUUUGUAACGUAGACCCUUACUUUUAUAUAUUGUAUUGCACUUUAGUUCGUCAAUAUCAUAUCAUGCAUGAUUUUUAAAGUUAUUUUGUGUGGGCUCUUAUCAUUUUGGGGUUGUAUGCUGAUUUGGUAUAAAGUUUAUGUACUCAUGAUGCAUGAUGUAUAUCCGUACUCCUGUCUUUCAUAAAAGAAUAUUAAUAACAAAUUAUACUGAAGAUGAAAAAAUAAAAGGUCCUUGUGUUUUGGAUCACCU